CGUCUGAGUGAGACUGUCAAAUUAACAAACACUCACUCACAUUUAUCCAGCACCAAAACAAAUAUGAAAUUCCAGCUAAUCUCGACUCAUCACCAUUGAUAGUCCUUGCCAAGAUGGGGUUAUUCGGGAAAUCAAAGACGCCUGACCCGAAGCUUAUGGUCCAAGAAUGGUCCAAAGGGAUUCGCAAGGAAGGCUACACCAUCGACCGACAGAUCAACGCCAUCAAACGAGAAGAACUCAAGGCCUUGAGAUCAGCGAAAAUGGCCGCCAAGAAAGGCGACAAGGAUUCGGCUCGGGUUCUGGCCAAGGAGAUCGUCAAUGCGAGAAAGAGUGUGAGCAAACUCUACACAGCCAAAGCCCAUCUAUCUUCCAUUGAGAACGGCAUGAAAGCCCAAGCCGCUCAGUUAAAGAUGGCCGGGUCAUUGGCCAAAUCCGCGGAUGUCAUGAAGGCCAUGCAGCAACUCAUCAAGAUUCCAGAGCUACAGAAAACAAUGCAAGACAUGUCCAAAGAGAUGAUGAAGGCCGGGAUUAUCGAGGAGAUGAUGGACGACACCAUGGAGAGUUUGGAAGAUGGGGAGGAUAUGGAAGAGAGCGUUCAAUUGGAAGUGGACAAAGUGUUGUCAGAAGUACUUGCCGACACGAACCAAGCAUUGUCGAAGGCUGGACGAGUACCAGAAGCAUCCAUCGACCUUCCGGAACCCGUGGAAGACGAGGAAGAGGCCAAAGUUGAGGUGGAAGAGGAUUUAGAAGAGAUGCAAGAGAGACUUCAAGCCCUUCGAAACUAGUAAUGCGACCCAUUGUUUUUCUUUUGUUCUGUGAUUAUAUCCUAGUUUAUGUACUACUAAAACCUACAUGCCAACAAAAUUAUCUCCCUAUUGUUAAUAGUAACACGAAAAUAACCUUA